AUGGGGAGCUACGACGAGACCGACUCGUUCUACACGCGCGAACCCAUCGCGAUUGUGGGUAGCAGCUGCCGCUUCCCAGGUGGAGCAACCUCUCCAUCGAAGCUAUGGGAGCUCCUAAAAGCUCCCCGAGACGUGGUGCAGGAGAUCCCCACCAGUCGCUUCAGCACCACGGCAUUCUACAAUGCGAACAGUCAACAUCACGGAAAGCGACAGAGUGCAAACGUCAAGCACGCCUAUCUUCUCGAUGAAGAUCCUCGUGCUUUCGAUCGGGAUUUCUUUUCGAUCAACCCAAAGGAGAGCGAGGCUAUGGAUCCUCAGCAACGGAUGCUGCUCGAGACAGUGUAUGAGGGUGUUGAAUCGACCGGCUACUCGUUGCAGCAGCUCAAGGGCUCGUCUACCGCUGUUUUCGUCGGAUGCAUGAGCUACGAUUACCAGUUUACUGCUAUCAGAGGUAUCGACAGCCUGCCUCAGUACCACGGGACCGGCACUGCGGCUUCAAUACUGGCUAACCGCGUGUCGUACUUUUAUGACUGGAGAGGUCCGUCGGUAAGCAUCGAUACCGCGUGUUCGUCCAGUCUGGUUGCGCUGCACCAAGCAGUGUCCGCCCUUCGGAAUGGAGAAGCCGAGAUGGCGGUCGCGGCAGGGUCGAAUUUGAUCAUUGGACCUGAACCAUUUGUUAGCGAAUCUAAGGGCUUCUCUGCCAUCUUUCUCAAGACCCUUAGCCAAGCCAUUGCUGACGGUGACCACAUCGAAGCUAUCAUUCGCGAGACGGGCGUGAACUCAGAUGGCAAGACGCCAGGUAUCACAAUGCCCGACUCUGAGUCGCAGGCACGACUUAUCCGGGAAACGUACGUUCGGGCUGGACUCAACCUGGAUCGCGAAUCCGAUCGUCCACAGUACUUUGAGGCGCAUGGCACGGGAACUCAAGCCGGUGAUCCAAUUGAAGCUCGCGCCAUUUCAAGCGUGUUCUUCCCUAACGGCAGGGAAGGCCAGCUCUUGGUGGGAAGCAUUAAGACUGUCAUCGGACACACCGAGGGCACUGCGGGAGUAGCUGGCGUACUCAAGGCGGCGUUGGCAGUCCAACACGGUCAGAUUCCAGCAAAUCUCCAUUUCAAAAACCUCAACCCCAAGGUUCGACCAUAUUACGCAAAUCUGCGCAUUCCGACCGAGACAGUAGAGUGGCCUGCACUCCCGCGAGGGACCCCGCGUCGUGUCAGUUGCAACUCGUUCGGUUUUGGGGGCACCAAUGCCCACGCCAUCAUUGAAAGCUGGGACGGUCCUGGCUCUCUAAGGAACAGCCACCCGCUGAACGGCACAACGCCGGACGUCCGUAUUUCGAACGCACCAGGUGGUGGACCCUUCGUCUUGUCUGCUAAUUCGGGUAAUGCUCUGGCUGCUGGAGCUGGAGCACUGGCAGGUUAUCUUCGCCAACACCCUGAGACGGACCUAGCCCAACUUGCACAUACUCUAUUCCGGCGGACAGAGUUCCCGUUCCGCGCCGCGUUCUCUGCAACCUCAGCGGAGCAACUUGCCGAGAAGCUCGAGGCAGGGAAGGAUGCCCUCAAGGGCAGCACACGUACUGCAAAUAUUCCUGAAGUGCUUCCGGUUCGCAUUCUGGGCGUAUUCACUGGUCAGGGAGCACAAUGGGCUACCAUGGGAAAAGAGCUCUAUAUCGCCUCAGAUUUGUUCCGAAACGCCAUAGACCAAAUGCAACAAAGUCUAGACUCCCUUCCUGCGAACGACCGCCCCGACUGGACCUUGGUCGAUCAGCUGAACGCGCCGGCAAAGAUCUCCCGCGUUGGCGAAGCCGCCGUUUCUCAGCCGCUCUGUACUGCUCUCCAAAUUGCUCUGGUACAUGUCCUGCGUGCCGCCGGUAUCGACUUCUCUGCUGUUGUUGGGCAUUCGUCAGGCGAAAUUGGCGCUGCGUAUGCUGCGGGAUACCUUAACGCCACUGAUGCGAUCCGAGUGGCAUACUACAGAGGCGUUCACUCUCAUCUAGCGCAUGGGCCGGGAGGCAAGCGCGGUAAGAUGAUGGCCGUUGGCAUGUCGCUAAGCCAAGCAACCACGUUCUGUGGCGAGUUUGGUGGGAGGCUUGCCGUGGCUGCCAGCAACUCCCAAACGAGCUGCACGCUGGCAGGCGAUGCUGAAGCGAUUGAAGAGGCCCACGCUCGAUUAGAGGAAGAGGGAACUUUUGCCCGCAUCCUGCAGGUCGACACGGCGUACCAUUCUCACCAUAUGAAGCCUUGUGGCACCCCAUACCUCGAAUCCAUGAAGGCAUGUGGUGUCAAAGUCCAAAAACGCCGUAACACACAGUGUCGAUGGUACUCCAGUGUCUUUGGUCCGAACGGCCGUAUCCGAUCGUUUGACCAGGCUGAUGGCCACCUCCUCGAGGGACAGUACUGGGUCGACAACAUGACGCAGGCCGUGCUAUUCAGCCAAGCACUUGCGAGAGCACUCAACGAAGACCAGUACUUUGACCUUGCUCUUGAAGUUGGACCGCACCCGGCUCUCAAAGGUCCAAGCUCCGAGACUAUAAAGAUGUUGACCGGUCUCUCACUUCCGUAUUCUGGGGUUCUGAAGCGUGGGCAGAACGCAACAGAAUCAUUUGCUGACGCCCUGGGGCUUCUGUGGAAGUUGUUCCCAUCGACAAACCCCAUCAUCACGUUCGAUGGGAUACGUCGGGCGUUCCCGAGGGGCAAGUCGCAGCAGCUUUCCAUUCUUAAAGGCCUCCCAGCUUACUCGUGGGACCAUCCCAAUCUCAUCUGGAAAGAGUCGAGAACGUCUCGUAUCUUCCGUACCCGGAAAGAAUCACGCCACGAGCUUCUAGGUCAUUCUGAUACGCAUGGCGAACGUGACAAGCGCGAGGUCCACUGGAAGCAGCUCAUUAGGGUGAAUGAGCUGCCAUGGUUAGCAGGCCACAAGAUCCAAGGCGAAAUCCUUUUUCCAGCAUCUGGGUACCUCGCGAUGACAUAUGAGGCGGCCAUCCGCCUUGUCGAUGACCAGCAGUCAUUGCGUCUCGUAGAACUACACGAUGUCGACAUUAUGCGUGCGAUGCGGCUCGAAGAAGACUCCCCGGGUCUUGAGGUUGUCUUCACUAUUCGUGUUCUGAGCCAGUCUGAUGACGGCAUAACUGCGGAAGUUGCCUGUUACAGCGGUGCGGUUGACUCGGUCCAACCUCUAGACGCCCCUCAAGCUAGGCUGACAACCCAUUUCACCGCCGGUGUGCGGAUCUCACUGGGUGAGCCCCAUAAGGAUGCCCUGCCUCGGCGGGCUGAGCCACGACUUCCCUUGGAUGCCUUGGACAUCGACCAACUCUACGAAAGCCUUGCCAAAGUAGGCUACAACUACGCGGACCCUUUCCGAGCGAAGUCCGUAUCCAGGCGGCUCAACAGUGCCGCUAUGACGGUAUCUCCGCCGCCCACAGGCUCAUCGAUACGUGCGUCUAUGCAUCCUGCGCCUCUUGAUACCACUAUUCAUGGUCUGCUUGCCGGCUUUUCGUUCCCAGGAGACGGCCGAUUGCAGACCAUCUAUCUACCGAGGCGAAUUGAUUGUGUCAGAAUUAGCAUGAUGACUUCCGAGUCAACUGAUUCUAUCCUUACAGUUGACGCCAGAGUAACAUCGGCCAAUGAAACCAGCCUGUCGGGCGACGUGGACAUUUGCAAUGCGGGCGAUGCUAGUACUGAAGUGCAGAUACGCGGACUCCACGUAACAGCCGUUGGACAGCGCCAGCAGCCCUGGCUCUAUGCAGGCACAGCUUGGGCAAGAGACGCACGCUUUGGUAUUGAACCCGGUCAUGGAGCCAAGCUUUCGGAGGCAGAGCAGGAGCUUUACGAGCAGCUUACACGCACGGCACACUUCUACUUGCGCCAACUCAAGAAGAAGAUCUUGCCUCAGGAGCUGAUGUUGAUGGGCAAGUUCCGCAAGCACAUGAUGACCUGGGUUCUUGAACAUCUACUUCCUCAGAUCGAUGCUGGGCAGCAUCCAGAGGUCAGACCUGAGUGGGCAAACGACACGAUGCAGAUGCUGAAUGAGUGGCGUGCUGCUCAUUCCCCGACCAACAAUGACAUGAACAUUCUUCAUGCCAUGGGCAAAAAUCUCGUCGGGAUUGUCCGCGGAACCACACCGCCCUUGAAAGUGCUCACGCAAGAUGGCAUGCUUGAUCGUCUGUACGUUGAGGGCCUCGGUGCAAAGGAUGGCAAUGUCGACAUAGAAGCCAUGGUAAAACAGCUUUCGCAUCAGUAUCCCCGGAUGCGCAUCGUCGAAGUCGGAGCUGGUACGGGCGGCACUACACGCGCAGUCCUGGAUGGCCUAGAAAAUCGGUAUGCGUCCUACACAUACACGGAUAUUUCCACGGGCUUCUUCGAGAAUGCUCGAACGGUGUUUAGCCAGCAAGGCAGCAAGCUCGCCUUCAAGACACUUAAUAUCGAGAACGAUCCAGCAGACCAGGGUUUCACUCCAGGAACGUUCGAUAUGGUGGUUUCUUCAAACUGUCUGCAUGCGACACGAAGUCUUGAUGAGACUUUGCGUCACUGCCGACAGCUACUCCGCCCUGGUGGUCGCUUGAUGUUACUUGAAAUUACCCGAGAUUUCUUGCCAACUCAGCUUGUCAUGUCCACACUCCCAGGAUGGUUCCUAGGCAUAGAAGAUGGGCGAGUCUGGGCACCGACCGUCAGUCUCGAACGCUGGGAUGAGCUGUUGAAAGCUAACGGCUUCUCUGGAGUCGAUAUCAGCUCGACACCUUCCUUCUGCUCCGUAAUCGUGGCACAGGCGGUCGAUGAGACGGUGCAACUGCUCCGCGAGCCCCUCGCUGUGGCUCCCGAGGGACUUCCGCCCCUGGGCGAUGUCCUGAUCAUUGGUGACAGUGCCAGUUCUGACCUGGGAUCGAAGACGCAGGCAAUGAUUAAGGCGGUUGCUCCAUCGAGCACUAUUACCAUGUUCCCUAAACUCGAGGGCAUCGAGGUACCCAAAGGAGCGGCUGUUCUCUGCCUUGCCGAUCUUGAAAGCCCCGUAUUCCGCGGCAUGACCGAGAAGAGAUUCACUGGGCUGCAAGAAGUCAUGGGGACGGCUGAAGUGGUCCUGUGGGUGACCACGGGUGCCAAGUCUGGUAAGAACCCUGAUGCCAACACCACUGUAGGGUUGUCGAGCACUCUGCGGGCUGAGCGCAUGGACCUCAGACUCCAAUUCCUGGACGUGGACGACCCGUCAUCAAUUGAACCAUCCAUGCUGGCGGAGAUGUUUCUGCGCCUGGCUUUCCAGGAUCCGGCCAAGAAUGACGAAUUGCUCUGGACCCAAGAGCCCGAACUUGUGUUGAAGCAGGGCGCCCUAUACAUACCCAGGGUUAUACCCCGCGAUAGCACCAAUCGUCGGUCGGCCGCAAGGCUUCGGCAGGUCACGCAGACUACGAGCCUUAAGUCGAAAGGUACGGCCGUGGUGCUUGGAGAACGGCAAGAAGCAUUCGAGUUACAGGCUGCCACCAUCAGUGGCGUCGAAGCAGACAAGAUACGCUUGCAGGUCACCGCUUCCUCACUCCAUACUCUGACCUGCGAAGGCUACGGACCAUUGUAUGUAUGCAUCGGUAGCGAUGUGGCUUCCGGAGACAAGAUUCUUGGUCUUUCGUCGCUGAACAGCUCCUUCGUUGAUGUUGCUGCGGACCGCGUACUGUAUCGCUGGCAGCAGAAGAAGCCAACCGUGGAUGACACGGCACAACUAGGCCACUUUCUCGCAAACAUUCUUGCAGAACACCUGCUUGGUGGCUUGCAAGGGCCUGUGUGGGUCCACGGCGCACCAAGCGACCUCAGCGAGGCUAUUGACGCUGGCGCUCGUAGGCGGGGGGUCUAUGUGUUCCAAACCACGUCUGAGUUGACGACGAGUCCAGAUGUCAACUUCCUCCACCCCUACGCGAGCGAGGAUGACAUCCAAGACGUACAACCCAAGGGCCUGCACGGCUUUGUCAACCUGGCGCAUCCGCAGCACGAGACAUUAUCUGCGUUUAUUCGCGCGUCUUUGCCAGCCUCUGCGAUCAUGAACAAGAAGGUGGAAGAUCUCACCGUCGGCCUGAGCCUUCCUUUGCUUAUUUCUCUGGCCAACGAGCAUCUUCGAGGCGGCUCGCAACUUCAUAAAGAACAUCAUGGGGUUGUGGGUGUCGACAAGCUCCCAGCAGUGAGAAGCAAAGAGCUGGGACUCGCAGCUGUUGUUGACUGGAGCACUGCCGAUACUGUUAGUGCCUUGGUCCGGCCGCUCGAGCAUCGUGGGUUGUUUGCUGCUAACAAGACUUAUCUUCUCUGCGGCAUGACGGGAGACCUGGGCAUAUCGGUUUGCUUGUGGAUGGUAGACAACGGAGCUCGGAAUGUUGUCUUGACCAGCCGUAAGCCUAAUGUGUCUGAGAGUGUCCUCAACUAUCUUUCCCGCAAAGGAGCCACAGUGCGACCCAUGGCUGUUGACAUUUCGAAUAAGGACUCCGUCCGGGCAGCCUACAGCAAAAUCAAGGCAACGAUGCCGCCUAUUGGUGGUGUAAUGAACGCCGCUAUGGUUCUCCGGGAUCGCCUGUUCCAUCGUAUGCCUUGGGACGACUUUGCGGCCGUACUGGGGCCGAAGAUGGUGGGAUCCGCGAACCUUGACGAAGUCUUUGGUGACGAACAGCUCGACUUCUUCAUCUGCUUCUCAUCUACGACUUCGAUCGUUGGAAGCAUUGGCCAGUCCGCCUAUGCUGCCGCAAACCACUACAUGGCGAGCCUCGUUGAGCGUAGGCAGGCUCGGGGCCUAGCCGGCUCAGUCCUUCACAUUGCCAUCCUAACUGGGUUCGGAUAUAUUUUCAGGCGCGAUUCCGACCAUGCCGAAACCAUCUAUAAGGCCAUUCUUCCGCGGUUCAAUAGAGAGUCAGAGUCAGACUUGCACGAGAUGCUUGCCGAGGCCAUCAUAGGCGGGCGUCCUGGCUCGGGUGAGGCUGAACUCAUCACGGGUAUCAGGCCAGUCUUCCAAGGCGAGUGGCGCGAUGACCCUCGAUUGUCUUGCUACGUGGGCCAGGAACAGGUGGACGAAUCCAGCGAAGCGCAAGCCGACGGAUCCGUCAGCGUCAAGGACCAGCUUACCGCGACCGAAGACCCUGCGGAGUCCCUGGCCGUACUGGAAAAGUGCUUUGGGUUGGCUCUCGGUAAUUUGCUCGAAAUCGACCCAGAGAAGCUGGAUAACAGUCUGCCUGUGACCAGUCUGGGCAUAGACUCCCUUGUGGCGAUCCGUAUCCGCGAGUGGUUUCUGAGAGAGACGGGCGUCGACGUGCCUGUUUUGAAGCUCAUGUCAGACACAUACUCGAUUUCACGCAUGUGCGAUGAUGUCUUGGUCGAUUGGCGGAAGAAUAACAAGUCCUAA